AUGAACAUCGACACAGGCUACCACUACCAUAACCCAUCGUCAUCCUCAAGCCACCAUCAGAACCACCAUCACCAACCGCCUCGCAUCACCGAACACCCCGUGGACACAGUGGUAGCGAAACACGACCCUGCUACCCUGAAAUGCGAGGCUGCAGGUCAACCACCCCCCACAAUAACAUGGUACAAGGAGGGUUCCCCGGUCAAGGCGAAUCAACACAGGGUGUUGCUUCCGAACGGGGGGUUGUUCUUCCUCCGGGUUGCUCAUGGGAGGAAGGAGAACGACUCCGGGGAGUACUGGUGCGAGGCUUCUAACGCUUUGGGGAAGGCGAGGAGUCGAAAUGCUACGUUAACUGUUGCAGUUAUCGCACUGAUUCAGGUGAACAUACUCAGCUAUGGUAGCUAG